UCACGGCGAAAUUUAUAUCUUAUAUUGCUAUCUCGAGGUUUUGUGUAUGCAGCUGUUUUGAUGGUAAAAAGAUACGUGAUUUGAUGAGUAAUGUGAGCACUAUCUUUCGAAUUUUGGUCCCACAGCGUUCAAUCAACAUAUUCUUUUCAAGCUAUUUUUUCAUUGAGAAAAAAUCACUGCAUACGAAGUUUGCCAAAGAAACUAGCAACAAAGCCUCACAGAAUUAUUUCGCUUCAAUCAAACAGGGGCUUGAGCAACUCUGGCCAUUGUUCAGUAUUCUAGGUAAAUCACCCAACAAUUACCGUUUUGUGGCAACUCGGGCAUCGCCUGAACAGGAAGUGAGAGUUGAAGGCUUGAACCAAAUUCUCUCUGUUGCAGAAACUGAUUCUUUCCCAAGUACCGAGACCUGUAUUAUUUACUUAGAGAAGCUGUGUAGAGGUGGAAAUCUAUCAGAUGCUGCUAAACUGCUGCAGCAUCUACGUGUUAAACAGAUUUUCUUGAGCCCAAACACAUAUGAUCUCCUAUUGAGGACAGCAGGUGAACAGAAUGACUUUGACCUUCUGUCUCAGAUAUUCAAGGAUUUAUUACUCUCCGGGAAACCCAUCUGUUGGGAUACUUAUUAUAGUCUAGCCAAUGCCUUUUCAAAGGCAACAGAUACUUCUGUGCUACUCAAAUUUGUAAGUGAAGUUUUAGAACUGAUAUUUCCAAAUAGUGCAACAGUCAUUAAUAGGAUUCUUGUUGCCUUUUCUGAACACAAGCUGGUCGACAAAGCCUUGCUUAUAUUUAAUCAUAUGAAGAGUCUAAAAUGUAAGCCAGACUUGUUCACGUAUAAUACAGUGUUAGUGAUCUUGGGUCGGGCAGGACGUAUGGAUGACAUGCUCCAUGAGUUUGCAUCCAUGAAAGAGGCAAGCAUGGUCCCUGAUAUUGUUUCUUACAACACCUUAAUAAACAGCCUGCGGAAGAUGGGAAGGUUGGAUUUGUGCUUGGUUUUCUUUCAGGAAAUGGCUGAGAGAAGAAUUGAACCAGAUUUGAGAACCUACACCGCAUUAAUUGACAGCUUUGGCCUAUCAGGGAAUGUCAAGGAGGCAUUGAGACUCUUUGAUGACAUGAAAAAAAAGCAGAUAUCUCCUUCUAUCUAUAUCUACAGAUCACUGAUUAGUAAUUUGAAGAGAGUUGGGAAGCUGGAGUUGGCUAUGAGGUUAUCGGAGGAAAUGGACUCUAGUGCUUCAAAUCUUGUUGGUCCUAAAGACUUCAAACGGAAGAGGAGAUAGUUCAUUUCAAGGCUUUGGGUUAAAUUCAAUGAGUUGGUUUGAAAGAAGUAAUCUGGAGGUUCCUCUCUAGUGAUUUGCUCAAAUUUUGGUAUGCAAUUUCUCCCGCCUGCUUUCAUGUACUCUGGAUUACUUAUACUCUAUACAUUUCAUUGUUAAAUAACAUUUAAGCAAAUACUUGUUACUAUAUAGAGAUUAUCAGUUUCUAUCCCCUGAAUUUUUGUUUGGCAGAGU